CUCCAACAAUGGCCGAUAUCAACACAAUCGCAAAGUCAUUUGUCGACUUUUACUAUGCUACGUUUGAUCGUAAUCGUGCCGAGUUGACUCCUCUUUAUAAGGACCAUUCGAUGCUGAGUUUUGAAGGCCAGCAGUUUCUUGGUCCAGCCAUUGUCAAAAAACUCGCUGAACUUCCAUUCCAAAAAGUCAAUCAUCAAGUUGUAACAGUUGACGCACAACCAUCCAACCCUGCUCCUGGACCACUACUUGUUACUGUCACGGGUCGUCUACUUGUUGAUGAUGAGCAAAAUCCUCAGCAUUUUAGUCAGACGUUUCAACUUGUUCCCGAAGGUUCUUCGUACUAUGUCUUUAACGACAUUUUCCGUCUCAACUAUGGGUUCUAAACCAGUGAUUUCUUUCUUGGAAUGAAAUGGUCUUGUUAAACCAAACAAUAAACUUCCUGACAGUAUUAGGAUAGA